AGCCGUCUAAAUAUUUCUCAAUAGACAUGUUUGUUUUUACUCACCUCAUUACUGGCACAGACCCAAGUUUUUCAGUCAUUUUGGUGGGGAAAAUAAAAAGGCCAUCUGAUAGCACUGUUUUCACAGUUCCAAUGUGUGCAGGAGCUUCCUUUCAAUCAGAGGAGUCCCAUAACAGAAACAAUGGAAAAUGUAUCAUCAAACAGCCAGUGUCUCCUGGAAAUGGAAGGCUUCAAUGUCACUGACCAAUCCAUGUACCCUCUUUUCCUUCUUCUAUUAUUCAACUAUCUUCUCAUCCUUAUUUUCAAUAUUGGGAUCUUAGUGCUCAUCACCACUGAGAGAAGUUUGCACCAGCCUAUGUAUCUCUUGGUAUGUAACUUGCCUGUGAAUGAUCUGAUCGGAACCACUGCCCUGAUGCCCAGGCUCAUGUUGGACAUUCUAUCAUCUAAAAGAUACAUUUCUUACAUUGAAUGUGUUGUUCAAGCUUUUUGCAGUCAUAUUUUUGGAUCUGCUUCACACAUGAUACUAAUAGUUAUGGCUCUCGACAGGUAUGUGGCUAUAUGCCAUCCCUUGAGGUACAAUUCUAUUAUGACCACUAGUACAGUGGCAAAGUUAUCUGCUUGUGCUUGGGGAGUGUCUCUGAGUCUAAUAAUAGUGCUGUUUGCCCUGACCCUGAGGCUGUCCAGGUGCAGAUCAGUUAUUUACAAUGCUUAUUGUGACAAUGCAUCCUUGUUCAAGUUGUCUUGUGAAGAUAUUACAGUCAAUAACAUCUAUGGAUUAUUCAUCACAGUUUUAUUGCAUGUAUCCUCAAUGGGAAGCAUCUCCAUCACCUAUUGCAACAUACUUUUCGUUUGUUUCAAUACAAAAAACAAGAAGCUCAACAGCAAAGCACUUCAAACAUGUGCCACUCACUUAGUUCUGUACCUGGUCAUGCUGUGCUCUGGAUUUCUAACUGUUAUACUGCAUCGUUUUCCUCUUGACCCGGAUUUCAGAAAACUGUCAUAUAUUUUAUUUGUUGUUGUUCCAGCAAAUGUGAAUCCCAUUGUUUAUGGCCUGAAUUCUAAUGAAUUAAGAAACAAACUGGUGCAAAUAUUCCUUUGAAAGGUGUUGCAUAUAUGAAUAAUAAAUCAAAUGUAAAAAAUGCACCAUUUGUGUUAACCCUUAUUAAAAAAUAAAUUGGAAAA